CUGCCGCCGCCACUCUCGGCGGCACUGGCGGGGCGGCGGCGGGAGCGGGAGGCUGCCGAGGAUAUCAAACUGGCUUAGGUCCACAAAGACUGUGCUGGUGUCAAGCUGCUUCUGACUUGCCUCCAGGUCUCAGGAGGAAAGGUACAGUUAACAGGGAGCUGGAGCCGUCCAUUUCUGCACUGUCAGCCACCGUGUCGGCGGAGAAUGGGCUCUGCAUCCUCCCUCUGAAUUGCAGAUUUCUCACUCUGUACCAUCCUAAAGGAGGGCUGGUUUUCGUCUACACUGAUCCCACUCAUCUGGUUUUUCCUUACACCCAGACUGUGUCAGUAUGCAUCUGUAGAGACCAGCUCUUCUCCCAGAGAAAUAUUUGUAGAAGCAACUGAACUGCUCCCUGAUACCAGAGUAAGACUUUCUAUCCACAGUCUGCAGAGCAAGGAUGUCCUAGAAGAGAGAAGAGUAGGAAGCAGUGAUGAAAUAUAGGAUGGACCUGAUAUAGUGAAUUACCUUUUCAUCAUCACGCAAUCCAGCUUAAGCUGUACCUUCAGGCUUGACAGCCCUUGUCAUUCAUAAUUUGAGGCAUCCAGUUUGCUGGCCUGGAGUGAUGCAACGUGAUACCUGUCCGCUGUGAGGUGUGAACAUGACAACCAGCAGCCGCACAUGUCCCGUACCGGCCGUGAAUGGACAUAUGACUCACUAUCCAGCAGCACCAUACCCCUUGCUUUUUCCUCCAGUCAUUGGUGGACUGUCACUUCCUUCCCUCCAUGGACUCCAGAGUCACCCACCAACCAGUGGAUGCAGCACCCCAUCACCUGCAACAGUUGAAACUCAGAGCACCAGUUCUGAGGAACUUGUUCCGAGCCCUCCUUCACCACUUCCACCCCCUCGUGUUUACAAGCCCUGUUUUGUUUGUCAAGACAAGUCAUCUGGAUAUCACUAUGGUGUCAGUGCUUGUGAAGGAUGUAAGGGCUUUUUCCGCAGGAGUAUCCAAAAGAACAUGGUUUACACAUGUCACAGAGAUAAAAACUGUGUUAUCAAUAAAGUUACCAGAAAUCGCUGCCAGUACUGCAGACUACAGAAGUGCUUUGAAGUGGGAAUGUCCAAAGAAUCUGUCAGAAAUGACAGGAACAAAAAGAAGAAGGAACCUUCAAAGCAGGAGUCCACAGAAAACUAUGAAAUGACAGCAGAGUUAGAUGAUCUCACUGAGAAGAUCCGAAAAGCUCACCAGGAAACCUUCCCCUCGCUCUGCCAGCUGGGAAAAUACACUACGAACUCCAGCGCAGAUCAUCGGGUUCGACUGGACCUUGGGCUUUGGGACAAAUUCAGUGAACUUGCAACAAAGUGCAUUAUUAAAAUAGUGGAAUUUGCAAAGCGAUUGCCAGGCUUUACAAGUUUGACCAUUGCAGACCAAAUAACUCUACUGAAAGCAGCCUGCCUGGAUAUACUGAUCCUUAGAAUUUGCACAAGAUACACACCAGAACAAGACACCAUGACCUUUUCAGAUGGCCUUACCCUAAACAGAACUCAGAUGCACAACGCCGGAUUUGGCCCACUGACUGAUCUCGUGUUCACAUUUGCCAACCAGCUCCUGCCUUUGGAAAUGGAUGAUACAGAAACAGGUCUCCUUAGUGCCAUCUGCCUCAUCUGUGGAGAUCGCCAGGACCUUGAAGAACCAAUGAAAGUGGAUAAGCUUCAGGAACCCUUGCUUGAAGCACUGAAAAUUUACAUCCGAAAGAGACGACCCAACAAGCCUCAUAUGUUCCCAAAGAUCUUAAUGAAAAUCACGGAUCUUCGUAGCAUCAGUGCAAAAGGUGCAGAACGUGUCAUUACAUUGAAAAUGGAAAUUCCUGGAUCCAUGCCACCUCUUAUUCAGGAAAUGUUGGAGAACUCUGAAGGACAUGAACCACUGACACCAACCUCAAAUGGAAAUACUGCAGAACACAGUCCCAGUAUCUCACCUAGUUCAGUGGAUAACAGCAGUGUCAGUCAAUCCCCUAUGGUGGAAUAAGACAUUUUCCAGCUACUUCAGACAUUCCUAAUACCUUAUGUACAGGGAUGAAAAGCAAGAAAACAUUUUUACUGCUGCUUAGUUUCUGGACUUAAUAUAUAUCUAUAUAUGUAUAUAUAUAUAGAUAAACUCAACAAGGACCAAGAAAUUUUCAUAUGUAUCGAUAUAUACUCCUUGCUGUUUAAACUCUUAAAACUAGAAAAUGCAAACUUUUGAAACUCUAAAUCAGCCAUUUCAUGCAAAAAAAAAAAAUAGUUAAGCUUCUGUUUUCUUCUCUGAACACUCAAUAUUGCAUGGUGACAAGACAGAUCUCAGUCUUCAAAUUCUGGUUGCAUUUCUGAUGACUUUGUACAUACAAAUGUAUGGCUGUACUCUCCAUACUGGAUGUUUGGUGCUUUCCUUUUGUCUCUCAUACCUAAAACGAUCAAGACACCAACCACAGGACAUGGACUACUGUACACAUCCAGAGAAGGAAGUUGAAAGGACCGUCUGAUUUAGUUGAAAUAUGAAAACUUGUCCUUGCUGCCCUCAGUUUGCAUCUCCUUCCUUGUAAAAAGUAUACAAAAUGUCACUGCCCCAGCAGAAGAGGUAUCAGUAUCAGCAUUAACUGCCAGAUCAGUUAUUCAGAUGUCAUUUGUUCCACUGUUAAUGUCACUUUAAAGUUUAAAGAAGUGGUUUCUUAGCUGGCUGGUGACCUAGCUCCACAAUUACCUGCUCCAUUUCGACAGCAAUGCUAUAGCCUCCAAGGCAGAAACACUUUUCAGUGUUACCAUGUUUUUGUUUACUUGUUCACAAGCCAUUAGGGAAACUUCAUGGGAUGAUAACCAGCAGACUCACUUACAGCUUUUGAAUCGCUGAGUCCAGGGUAUUUCCUUACGAAUCAACUGCCAGGAAUCAGCUGGGCUUUCCAGCCUUCCAGGUGCUAAGGAAGUACAGCUAGGACUCCCAGAAACACAAGGAGAGAAUCUGCCUUCUUGGCCUUGUUAAAUCACCAUGAAGCAGAGUGAAAACUGUGGUAGGAUGGUUAACAGAUUUAAAGUGUCAGUUUCUUAGGUUUCAUUUAAAGCACUAGUGGAAUUUUUUUUUUUAUAUAUUCUAGCAAGUCUGUGAUGUACUUUCACUGGCUCUGUUUGUACAUUGAGAUUGUUUAACAAUGCUUUCUAUGUUCAUAUACUGUUUACCUUUUUCCAUGGAGUCUCCUGGCAAAGAAUAAAAUAUAUUUAU